ACAAGCUCACUUUGAAUGCGCUUCAUUUCAGAAGAAACGAGGAUGAGCAGGUGUCCACAAACUUUUGGACACAUUGUGUGUGUGUUGUCUUUAUCUGAAUCAGGUCAGUUCAGUGCAGCUUUUUCGGCGGUGCCUCCUCCCAGCUUAAGCUGCUCAGUUCAGCUCAGAGGGGGAAAAAUAAUACAUCCAAAGAGAAAUUGCAGCUCCAGAUGAUCCAGCGCCUUUAACAGGAGGGGGGGGGUGGGUGGAUAAGAGGGGGCGUGGCUAUGCCAGCGCUCUGACGUCAGCAGCCCGGUGUGUCUCUCCGGGCUUUGGGCUCCUCUCCUCUCUCCCUCGCUGGGAAGGCGAGCAAGGGAGGGAGGGAGAAAGAGAGAGAGAGAGACAGACAGACAGAGACAGAGAGAGAAUCAGCAACAGCAGGACAGCAGAAGAGUGAAGAGCCACAGCCAUCCGGCCCUUCUUACCCCCAAAUGCCCCCCACCCACCCCUGUCACCACCAACCUCAUCCGGAGCUCCAUCAGCGCGGUCCCUUCUCCAUCUUUCUUCUCCGGCUUCGACUCCGCGUCUGAACGGCGUCAAAACCAUUCCGUUCAUCCGUCUGUCCGUCCAUCCGCGAGCCCGGUGCAUGCGAGUGCGCGCGCGAGCGACAGAGGGAGAGAGUGCGAGCGUGUGCGUGCGUGCGUGUGUUUGUUUUCCUCGAGCUGAAUGACGGGCGGACGCUUCGACUUCGACGAUGGAGGCACGUACUGCGGCGGCUGGGAGGACGGCAAGGCCCACGGCCACGGCAUCUGCACGGGACCCAAGGGCCAGGGCGAGUACUCGGGCUCGUGGGCGAGCGGCUUCGAGGUGUCCGGCGUGUACACGUGGCCCAGCGGCAACACGUACCAGGGCCACUGGGCGCAGGGCAAGCGCCACGGCCUGGGCGUCGAGUCCAAAGGCAGGUGGCUGUACCGCGGGGAGUGGACGCACGGCUUUAAGGGGCGCUACGGGGUCCGCCAGAGCCUCAACACACCGGCCAGAUACGAGGGCACGUGGAGUAACGGGCUGCAGGACGGGUACGGGGUCGAGACCUACGCCGAUGGGGGUACGUAUCAGGGCCAGUGGAUGGGGGGCAUGCGGCACGGCUAUGGUGUCCGUCAGAGCGUUCCGUACGGAAUGGCCACGGUGAUCCGCUCUCCGCUCCGCACCUCUCUGGCCUCGCUGCGCAGCGAGCAGAGUAACGGCUCUGUCCUUCAUGAGCGUCUGGCGGACAGUCCGGCUGGAACUCGCGGCGGCUUUGUGCUCAACUUCCACAGCGACAGCGAGCUGGGAGGUCCGGCCCGGAAGAAAGGACUGUUCCGACGUGGCUCGCUGUUCGGCAGCCUGAAGCAGCUUCGCAAAUCCGACUCGCGCUCGUCCAUCUCCAGCAAGCGCAGCUCGGCCCGCAGCGACGCCACCAUGAGCCGCAUCAGCUCCAGCGACGCCAACUCCACCAUCAGCUUUGGAGAGGGAGAAGGGGCGGACGAGUACACACCCAUGGAAGACAAUGUGGACGCCACCACCACCGAGUCCUACAUGGGCGAGUGGAAGAAUGACAAGCGCAAUGGCUUCGGGGUCAGCGAGCGGUCCAACGGCAUGAAGUACGAGGGCGAGUGGACCAACAACAAGCGCCACGGCUACGGCUGCACAAUGUUCCCAGACGGCACACGUGAGGAGGGCAAGUACAAGAACAACGUGCUGGUCCGCGGCAUCAAGAAACAGCUCAUACCCCUCAAGAACACCAAGACCAAGCAGAAGGUGGACCGUGCUGUUGAAGGAGCCAUCAGAGCAGCUGCUAUCGCCCGGACGAAAGUGGAGAUCGCCACCUCGAGGACGGCCCAUGCCCGAGCGAAGGCUGAAGCAGCUGACCAGGCUGCACUGUCCGCCUGCCAAAAUUCGGAUGUUGCCCGAGCAGUGGCCAGAGAGCUGUCCCCCAACUUCCAUCAGCCAGGGCCCGAUUACAUCAAGCAGAGGUUUUCCAGCGAGCCAAUAGAGAUUAAAGAAGUUCCCGAAGAGAAAAAGGAGAAAUCCCCCUCAGGAAGCCCCCAUUUCUAUCGCAAGGGCACCACGCCCACCCAGACGCCCACCCAGAGCCCGGGCCCCACCCCGCCACCCUCGCCACCACCCGGCAAGAAGAAAUCCUUCUUCAACCGGAGUGCCCCGAAAACUGCCAAAGAGAGCAAAGUGCCCGCAGCCGAGAGCACGGCCAAACCCGCCGCGAGGACGUCCGCCAAACAGGACGCGAAGCAGGAAGUGGUUCCCGUCCCACACUCGUCCGCACCCCACAAGCCGACGGCGCAGGUCGCCAACCCCUCGAGCCCCGGAAACGGCGAGCUCCACUCACAGUACCACGGUUACUAUGUGAAGGCGGAAGUUAUGAUCCCGCCUGAGGAGCCGGAGGACGAGGGGCAUCAUGCCACUCCCACCGCACUGGCCAGGAUGCCGCCACCCACCAAGCAGCAGUACACCUCCGUCAGCUCUGGGGGCUCCAGCGUCAGAGAGAGCAAGCCAGAACCCAAGCUGAGGAAGCAGGAAUCUCUGAAGCCAAAGAGUCUAGCAGAAACCAAGAAAGCCAGCAUGGAAAUUACCACUGACGUGGUUGAGGAAGAGUCAGGUCCUAACUCAAUCCUGGUGGCACUAGUGAUGCUGAUAAAUAUCGGACUAGCAAUUAUUUUCGUCCAUUUCCUGACUUGACGCAUCAUCAAACUCAGCGAGUUCUUCAGAACGCGCGGCGUAGGCCCCAUAAUUCUCUGCAGUUGCGUCGACGGCCUUUAGACACACGCCGCUCAGACUCAGACACAGGCAAAGGACUGGACGACUGGAAUUAGAGCGAAAACGCUGGGGGAGAACGUCCCGGAGCUGAGAACCACCCCAGUUCCUCCGGCCACGAUUUGAGACUCGCUUGGGCUCUGUGAAAGCUGAAGCAAAGCAGUCGUUGGGAAAGGAAAAAAAUAAAAAAUAAAAAAAUCUGCUGAUCCAAGCCGUUCCCAGUCAAGUGCAUGGGCGCCCCACUGCUGUGGGACGGACUGGGCUGGGCGGGGGGGUUGGGGAUGGUUGAGAAGGGUAUGGGAGGGUGGUCUUAACUGGAUAUGUUCGGAGAUGCACUUUUAGUUGACGGAAGCGAACAGCUGCCUUACUAUUUUACCAUCUGACGUUGUCAAGGGGAGAUGUGCAGUGCGAUGCCAGUGUGUGUGUGUGUGCGUGUGUGUGUGUGUGUGUGUGUGUGUGUGCGUGUGUGUGUGUGUGUGCUUGGACACCAGAGAGUGUGUACCAGCGUCCACUCUUCGCUCAGAUCAAAACACCAUGCACAUUAAAAAAAGGGUCACUUGCCAGUCUUAUUGCGUUAGCCGUCUCUGAAGCCCUUGUCUAACACCUCUUGCUCACUUUGUUUUUAGGAGGUUGAUCAAUGCCAUGCUUGCGUGUGGUACUAGUUUAACUUUGUCUUGAUCAUUUGUUUCUUUGUGUGUGUGUUUUUUAUUUUUCUUUUUCUAUAUACUUUUAUAUCCAUCCUUCAAAUAUGAAAAAACGUCAGGUUUUGUCCUCUAAAACAGUGUCAGUGGUGGGACAGCUUUCGAAGGCGAUAUUUUGUGCUACCAUGUUUAGACUUAUUCAUUGUGCUAAUAUAAGAUACAAGCAUUUAUGAUUGGCUCACAUAAAAACUAGGGACGCACCGAUCCGACAGUUCAAUUUAACAUCUGUUUAUUUUAAUUGAAGAGCUUAUUCCAAAACAUGACAUAUCUAUUUUACGAAGGAUUUUUAAAAAUGAUGCGCACUGGACAAGUAUUUCAAGGUUUUUCUAUUUUUCCCCAGUAAUUUUGGGCUGCGAAGUCUGUCACUGUAAACAUCUGACUGUCAGCUUAUUAUCUCAAAAUUGCUCAAAAAUCUAACAGUAUUUCAGUUCGUAAGUCUACAUUGGUAAAAAGUGUGAAAUAGUUAUUUGCUAAAGAAGUUGGUGUGAAGCACCAGGACUUUUAUUGUGAUGCACUGUGUCACACUUUAAGAGGGGCUUUUAUUUUGACACGCUAUUGAUGUGUAUCAGGUUUUGGAAUGACACUUCCAUUUUAAAGCGACCGUGUCUAAGAAACAGGACUGAUAAUAAAUUGAUCACGUCUGGACGAUACCCAGUCCAUUUAAUAAGGUCAGUAUCGGUGCCAGUGUAUCGGAUCGGUGCAUCGCUAAUAAAAAAAAAAAAAUCAACGUGUGAAUUUUUCAAGAAACUUGAGUUAUACAAAUAGAAUUGUAUCAUUGGGUUGAGUAGCAGUUCUUAUAAAGUGCAGAUAUUGUAAAAUAUAGGAUUUUAUGCAUGGUGUUUAUUUAUUUUUGUAUUUAUUUAUUUCUUUUGAGGAAUGAUUGAUUGUUGCACUGGAUUUUGCACAUGUAGUGGUCAGAGACUGUGCUGGUUUAGACCUUUUAACCCCUACUCUCACCGGACGCGUACACACAACACCCCGAGCGGUUGAAUGCAUUCAGGUUGAGCCACUGGGUCUGCAGGUUGAAUGUAGACAGAUGCCUUAAAGGACUUUUAUUUUUUAAAAAAAGUGUUAUAGUUUACCUCAGAAAAUUAGUGAUUUUUUUUUUUUUUCAAUUUUGUCUUAAUUUAAUUGGAGAUUUUAUUGAAAUCUGAUAUUAUUCUGUAGUAUAUUUAUUUGUCUGGUGGUGCAUGAAGAAGUGGUUUUACUUUAGAUUAAGCUCUAUGUGGCAGUUUUGUGCCAGUAUUUGAACUAAAUAAUAUAUAAAUGCAUAUAUUUUAUAUACAUAGUAUGAAUAUAUAUAUUUAGUUGUUCUAUACCUAAAUUAUAUUGCGCAUCUUUUUUCAUUUUUUGGCGGGUUAAUUUGAUCAUCUUGUGUGCAUGGUACAUUUUGAAGUUGGUUACUGCUUUAGGCUCGUUAUUGAGAGACGUCGCGUGAGUGUGUGUGCGUGUGAUGGACGGGCAGAUCUCCGGGUUUCGGAGCAGUAACGGGGCGACUGUUUUUGCAGAGGUUUGGUCAGACUGCGAGAGCAUGUGAGAUGGAGGGAAGGAAGGAGGAGCGUCAGAUGGGAAAAGUUGAACCAUCUUCAAACAAUGUUUUUUUUUGUUUUGUUUUUUGUUUUUAGGGGUUUUGAACUGAGGAAGUUGUUAAUUUUUUUGUUUUGUUGUUCUUUUUUUUUUAGGAUAGGGGAGUGUCCCCUUUGCAUCAUAUUUAUAUAAAGUGGCUAUGUAAAUGGCUGUAUUUUUUUUUUCUUUUACGUUUUUAUUCCAUCCUAAAUUGAAGCCAAAAAAAAA